AUGGCGGCGAGAGCGCAAGCAGGACGACCGGGAGGCGCACGAUUUGCGCAAUUCAAGCUGGUGCUGUUAGGAGAGUCCGCAGUCGGAAAGUCAUCGCUUGUCCUUCGAUUCGUCAAGGAUCAAUUCGAUGACUACAGAGAAUCCACCAUCGGCGCCGCCUUCCUCACACAGACCAUAGCCCUCGACGAACAAACAACAGUAAAGUUCGAGAUAUGGGAUACGGCAGGCCAGGAGCGAUACAAGAGCCUGGCGCCUAUGUAUUACCGAAAUGCGAACUGCGCGGUAGUUGUAUAUGAUAUCACACAAGCUUCCUCCCUAGACAAAGCCAAAUCCUGGGUAAAAGAACUCCAACGCCAAGCCAACGAAAACAUCAUCAUUGCCCUCGCCGGCAACAAGUCCGAUCUCGUCGCCGACCAGCCCGAUAAAAGGGCCGUGCACACCGCGGACGCCGAAGCCUAUGCCCGUGAAGCCGGGCUUCUAUUCUUCGAGACUUCAGCCAAGACGGCCGAGAAUGUAAAGGAGUUGUUCACGGCUAUUGCGAAGAAGUUGCCGAUUGAGCAGGCGAGUCAGAGGGGUAUGAGGGGUGCGGCGGGUGGUGCGACGAGGCCGGGUGUGGAUCUGGGCAACAGGCAGGAGGCAGGUGCGGCGGGCGGGGCCGGAGGGUGUAAUUGUUAG